AUGGCACACACCGACAGAAGUAGCAGACAAUCUGAGGACCAGACGAUCAGAGACAGAAAUAGCAGACGAUCUGAGGACCAGAAGUUCACAGACAGAAAUAGCAGACGAUCUGAGGACCAGAAGUUCACAGACAGAAAUAGCAGACUAUCUGCCGACCAGAAGAUCACAGACAGAAAUAGCAGACGAUCUGAGGACCAGAAGUUUACAGACAGAAAUAGCAGACGAUCUGAGGACCAGAAGUUCACAGACAGAAAUAGCAGACGAUCUGCCGACCAGAAGAUCACAGACAGAAAUAGCAGACGAUCUGAGGACCAGAAGUUCACAGACAGAAAUAGCAGACGAUCUGAGGACCAGAAGUUCACAGACAGAAAUAGCAGACGAUCUGCCAACCAGAAGAUCACAGACAGAAAUAGCAGACGAUCUGCCGACCAGAAGAUCACAGACAGAAAUAGCAGACGAUCUGACGACCAGAAGAUCACAGACAGAAAUAGCAGACAGCGCGUCUGA